CAAGCAUAGUACCAAAAUAAACACCCAGCCAUGUCCUCACGGGCAGACCCUCGGGCCGUCGUCUCUCGGUGAGAUGGCCAGCGUGGCUGCUGUAACGAGUACCAUGUUCAUAUGCUUUCUUCCCCGGGCUCGGCAUGCCGAAACUCCUCCCUUUGCUGUAUAUAAGGGCUCGAUGUCCACCACCAUCCCAUCCUCAUCUAAUAUUCAUUCACACUCUCGCGUCUGUCUUAUCAUGGUCAACAUCUUCCUCACUGGCGCAUCCGGCUAUAUCGGCUCCUACCUCACGCCCCUCUUGCUUGAAGCGGGGCACAAGCUCACCGCCCUCGCAAGGUCGGACGCUUCUGCCAAGAAGUUGGAAGACCAAGGGAUAACCGUCAUCCGUGCCAGUCUCGAAGACACCGACGUUCUCUUCAAAGCCGCGUCCGAGGCAGAUGCGGUCAUCCAUCUUGCCUUCGUUCAUGACUUUGCCAACUUUGCCAAGGCUCUCGAAACGGACUAUACAACCGUCGAGACGUUCGCCAAAGCCCUCAAAGGCACCUCCAAAAUACUCAUCACCACCUCCGGCCUCCUCGCCGCCGCCUCCCCAACCCCCUCCGAGCUCACCCCUGCCAUCGAAGCUGGCCGAGGCAAAUCCGACCGCCUCACCCUCUCCCUCGCUGCUUCUGGCAUCCGCUCCCACGUCAUCCGUCUGGCCCCUACCACCCACGGCGAUGGCGACCACGGUCUCUUGACUUUCUACAUCCAGCAAUCCAAGAAAGCCGGCUCUGCGGGCUAUGUAGGGGAUGGCGGGAACCACUGGCCGGCGGUGCAUGUUGACGAUGCUGUCAAAGUCUACAAACUUGUCCUUGAGAGCAAGACUCUCAAAGGUGGAGAGGUUUUGCACGCAGUCCAAGAUGCUGGGAUCCCUUUCAAUUCUAUCGCCGAGGCUGUCGCUGGCAAGCUUGGGAUUCCUACCAAAAGCAUGACGCCAGAAGAAGUGGAGGUCCAUUAUACUCGUCUUGCGAGGUUCUUUUCGCGCGAUUUGGUGGCGGAGAGUACGUUGACGAGGGAGUGGCUUGGCUGGGCGCCGAAGGAGAAGGGUUUAGUGGAGGAUAUUGAGAGUAGCGAGUGGUACUUUACACCCGAGGCCGUGUCAAAGUAUUGAACAGUACAUAGAUUCAUUGUCUGCAGUAAGGUGUGAUGCAACAAGCUAUCAACGUCGA